AUGUCUAAAACCAGUCUUAGUAAUAAAAUUUCCAUUCAAGACAUUGAUGUCAAAAAUAAACGUGUUUUGAUUCGUGUUGACUUUAACGUUCCUUUCCAAGAUGGCAAAAUAUCCAAUAAUCAACGUAUUGUCGCAGCUUUACCAACUAUUGAAUAUGCUUUGAAAAAUGGAGCUAAAGCUGUUAUUUUAAUGUCCCAUUUGGGUCGUCCAAAUGGAAAAUCAAUUCCCAAAUAUUCAUUGAAACCUGUUGCCGAGGAGCUCGGUCAUUUACUUAAGAAAGAAGUUUUGUUUUUAGAUAAUUGUGUAGGCCCCGACGUCGAAUCUGCAGCGUUCAAUGCAACUGGAGGCCAAGUUAUCCUACUUGAAAACCUAAGAUUCCAUAUCGAAGAAGAGGGUUCUGCCAAAGAUGAUCAAGGAAAUAAAGUCAAAGCAAAACCCGAGGAAGUAAAGAAAUUUAGAGAAUCUCUUUCAAAACUUGGAGAAGUGUAUGUUAAUGAUGCUUUUGGGACGGCACAUAGAGCACAUAGUUCCAUGGUUGGUGUAGAACUUCCCAUUCGUGCUGCUGGAUUCUUAUUAAAAAAGGAAUUAGAUUUCUUUGGCAAAGCUUUGGAAAAUCCCGAAAGACCUUUCUUGGCUAUUCUUGGAGGCGCCAAAGUUUCUGACAAAAUUAAAUUGAUUGAUAACCUCCUCGACAAAGUGGAUUCCAUGAUAAUUACAGGUGGAAUGGCUUUCACUUUCAAGAAAACCCUUAAUGAUGUUAAGAUUGGAAAUUCUUUAUUUGAUGAAGAAGGUUCCAAGACAGUUGCUAAUUUGGUUGAAAAAGCCAAAACCAAAAGUGUGAAUUUGGUUUUCCCAGUAGAUUACGUAACAGCAGACAAAUUUGACAAGGAUGCUAACACCGGAUAUGCUACGGAUGAAACAGGAAUUCCAGAUGGAUGGUUAGGGCUUGAUUCAGGAGAAAAGACAAAUAAACUUUUCAAAAAAACCAUCCUUGAGGCUAAAACCAUACUAUGGAAUGGUCCUACAGGGGUAUUUGAAUUUGAUAAAUUUGCAGUUGGUACAAAGUCAGCUUUAGAAGCAGUUAUUGAAGCCACACAAAAAGGAGCUACAACUAUUGUAGGUGGUGGUGAUACUGCAACUGCUGCCGCUAAAUGGAAUGCUGAAGAUAAGAUUUCACAUGUAUCUACUGGUGGUGGUGCUUCUCUUGAAUUACUUGAAGGUAAAGAAUUACCUGGAGUUACCGCUCUUUCUGCAAAACAAUAA